AAUCAAAGCCCCCGGGAGAGGCUGCCGCGCCGGGACGGAGCCCCGAGCCGAGCUGCAGCCGCCGCCGCCGCCGUCGGGCGCGACCCGCAUCCCCGCCACGCUGGCUCACCUGCUGCCGGCCCCGGCCAUGUACAGCCUGCUGGAGACCGACCUCAAGAGCCCGCAGGCUGCCCCGGGAGGCGCGGGCAGCAACGCGGCGCCUCCGGGCAGCAGCAAGGGUGGAGGAGGCGGCGGUGGAGGUGGCGGUGGAGGAGGAGGAGGAGGCAGCGGGGCGGCGUCGGAGCAGGACCGGGUGAAGCGGCCCAUGAACGCCUUCAUGGUGUGGUCCCGCGGGCAGCGCCGCAAGAUGGCCCAGGAGAACCCCAAAAUGCACAACUCGGAGAUCAGCAAGCGCCUGGGCGCCGACUGGAAGCUGCUGAGCGACGCGGAGAAGCGGCCCUUCAUCGACGAGGCCAAGCGGCUGCGGGCCGUGCACAUGAAGGAGUACCCGGAUUACAAAUACCGGCCCCGCAGGAAGACCAAGACUUUGCUCAAGAAGGACAAGUACUCGCUGCCCGGCAACCUGCUGGCCCCCGGGCCGGGCGGCGCGGUGAGCAGCCCCGUGGGCGUGGGGCAGCGCCUGGACACCUACGCGCACAUGAACGGCUGGAGCAACGGCGCCUACUCGCUGAUGCCCGAGCAGCUGGGCUACAGCCAGCACCCGGGCAUGAGCAGCCCGCAGCUGCAGCAGAUGCACCGCUACGACGUGCCCGCGCUGCAGUACAGCCCCAUGAUGUCCACGGCCCAGACGUACAUGAACGCUGCUUCCACCUACAGCAUGUCCCCCGCCGCCUACGGCCAGCAGCCCGGCACGGCCAUGAGCCUGGGCUCCAUGGGCUCCGCGGUGAAAUCCGAGCCCAGCUCGCCGCCGCCCGCCAUCGCCUCGCACUCGCAGCGGGCCUGCCUGGGAGACCUGCGGGAUAUGAUCAGCAUGUAUCUCCCGCCCGGGGGGGACGCCACAGACCCUUCCAGCCUGCAAGGCAGCAGGUUGCACAGCGUGCACCAGCACUACCAGAGCGCCGGGACUGGGGUGAACGGCACGGUGCCGCUGACUCACAUCUAAGGUGCCCCGACGUGUCUCCCACCCUCCUCUGGGACCCAGCGAGCUGCCCGCAGCGCCUCUUCUGCCCCUUCUCCGGGUCUCCUAUGAAUAUUUUAUUUUUCAACGAAAAAAAACCCAACACCCAGGUCCUUGUCUCUUGUGCCCUCGGGUCUCUUGUGCCCUCGGGGGGUCUCACCCUCGACCCCCAGCUCCGAUGUUUACACAUGGCUUGGUUCUCCCCUGCCGCGUCUCCUCCAGGCUGGCUGGGCUAGGGGGGCUUUGAUCCCAAAUCUGUGUAGCUUCCUCUUUAACUUUUUUUUUUUUUAGGUUUGUUUUUGUUUUUUAUAUAUAUAUAUAAAAAUAUAUAACACUGAAUUUUGUUGCGGGCAGGGCGGGGGCGGGGGGAAGAUCUGUGCGGGUCGCGAGCGCCAAGGCUUUUUUUAUUUAUAGCAAGUUUUGUGUGUGCCUGGGAUUUUGUCGUCCUCCUCCUUUUUAUUGUGUAAAAAACAAAAAAAAAAGCAAACAAAAAAAAAAACUUCUGUAAAUCGGUUGGUGGAUUUUUUGCUGUGAACCUGUUUUGUUUUUUUUUUAUUAUUAUUAUUAUUUUGUUCGGACAUAUCAGCCCAAGAAGCAAACGGUUUCGUUUCGUCUGUUUUUUUGGGUUUCUGAAAAGACUCCUUUCUCUUUUGAGCUCCCCCCUCCCUCCCUCCUCCCCUCGCCCCCAAACGAGAGAGAUCAAUAAAUUUUGUAACAGGCCCCUCCAGCGUCUCUUGGCGGUUUGUACCGGGGGAAGAGGGGGGGAUCCGUGGUCGGGUCUCGUUUUGUUUUAUGUGCUUCGAUGGUGUCUGUAUUUUUAUUUAAUUUUAUCUUUUUUAUUUUUUUGCGUGAGAGCUCGAUGUUGUUUUGACUUGAGACAAAGACCAGUGUCCUCCUUUCUCCGGGCACCGAGCUGGUGCCUGGAGGGGGCUGCGAGGGAGGCGGAGAUCUGGUUUGGGGACAGACGGAGCAGUCUUUUUUUUAUUAUUAUUAUUUUAUUUUUAUUUUUUCCCCACUUCUCCAACUUUUUGCUGCUGCGUGGAGAGGCUCGGACACGUCCUUGUGCUGGGAAAACUCCAGCCCUGGUCAGUUUCCACCCCGGGGCAUCUCCCUCCGCCCCCGGCACCGACGGGGCGGAUCGGGGCCCUCCAGCUCGCCCCCUCGUUGUUCCUGCCCUGCUCGGGUUUGCUCGGAUCAGCUACUUGUUGCACCCCGAGCCGGGAGAGAUCCUGCUUCCCGGGGGCAGGGGCCAGUCCUCGCUUGGAUGUGUUUGUUCACCAAGGGUUGAUGCGAAAUAGCAGGAGAGCGAGCCGCCGGGAAACCCUUAAUUAGACCUUAUUAAAAAUGAAUAGUUGCCGGCGUCCCGAGGGGAAAUAAAUCACGUCGCCUUUCCCUUGAGUUUAACUAGUAUUUUUAUUGGACUUUUUUUGUCUUGACAAGAGGCCGCGGGGGUAUUUCUCCCAGGUCCCAUCCCUACCCCUAGUGCGUUCCCGCUUUGUAUUUCAUGGCAUUAAAAAGUCUCGAAACCUCA